AUGUAGAAAGAGGGAGAUCAAUAUUCUAAGAAUCGGUAAGGAUAGAGUAAUUCUAUGACAUAGAGGGGGAGAUGGGAUAAGGACAACUUUAGCUGGAUUUGGAGUUUUGGGAGCAAGGUAUCAUGCAAUAGACUCUAUGGUAAUAGUAACGGACUCAGGAUUUGUCUCCAAAGAUUAGUAGGUCAAGGAUAAAAGAUUUACAAUAAAUAAUACUGGACAAGAAAGGGUGGUGAAGAGAGUACUCUAGAAUGAUACAAUAUAACUGAAGAUUUUAGAUGAAGAGCCCAUUAAUUUGGUGGUGAAGGAACUCAAAUGA